AUGUCGAAUGAUGAAACCACAAGACCUGUAAUGGGAUAUGCUCCCGUAGGCUGUCCCCAGCCCUUCCCUCCACCGCAACAAGGCUAUUAUGGUCACCCCUACACCGCCUAUCCUAACUACUACAAUGGCGCAGGACCACCGCCGGGCACGGUCUAUUACUCAUCUGCUCAAUUACCCAACAUUUCUCCCCAGCCAUCCAAAGGUUAUCAGUUUGCUCGCCUCGCGCUUAUCAUCAUGAUUGUUCUAAUGGUUUGCACAAUAACGUUCAGCUUAUUCACUUGGCUAUUUUUUGGCUCCGGCGUCCCCGACUUUAAGGUGGAGUCAUUUAACGUGCCUUAUUUCGACAUCGCCAAUUCAACAUUGAAGGCCAGGUGGGAGACGAAUAUAACUGUCAAGAGUACGAACCAGAAAUCAAGAAUCUCCUUUCCGCACAUUCAAGGAUACCUGGUUUACAGAAAUCGACUCGUGGAUGCCGCCAUGAUUGAUCCGUUGCACCUGGAGGGCAAGACUGAAGCCAGUCUGAGAGCUAAUUUUUCUCUCCCGGAUCCUAGGGGAAAUCUCCCCGAAGCUUCGGUGGUGGAUGCAAUGGGUGAAGGACGAAAAAUUGGGAUUUUGGAUUUUUAUUUGAGAUUAGAUAUGAGAGCAACAUACGUCUCUGGCUCAUACUGGAGCAGAGAAACGAUGCUCAGAGUCAUUUGUGGGGAUCUAUGGGUGAAUUUCCCAGCUCCAAUUGGAGGUGGAACGUGGAACGGUACCAGUGGGGAAUGUUCAACUUACUAUUGA